AACGACUUCCCGUCGUCUACGUAUCAACCCGGAAGAUUUACCUUUCUCCUGACACGUAGCAGCCGCAACCAAGUUGGCAUCGCACUGGGUGGGUUUAUCAGAAAUCACAGAGUGAGAGAUGUCUGGGUUUGACAACUUUAACACAGACUUUUACCAGUCAAGCUACAGCGUAGAUGACCAAAGCCAGGCCACCUAUGGCUAUGGCAACGCAGACAACCCCUAUAACAAGCCAUAUGGUCAGUAUGACUACUCCCAGCCCAUGGGCUACUCUUCCCCAGGGAUGAUGCAACCUCAGCAGCCAUACACAGGACAAAUUUUCCAGCCCACACAGACCUACACCCCAUCCCCAUCACAGUCCAUGUACAGCAGCAGCUUUGAUGACGAGCCACCGCUGCUAGAAGAACUAGGAAUCAACUUUGACCACAUCUGGCAGAAAACCUUGACAGUGCUCCAUCCAAUGAAAGCAGCAGACGGCAGCAUCAUGAAUGAGACAGACCUGGCUGGGCCCAUGGUCUUCUGUUUGGCAUUCGGAGCGACACUCCUGCUGUCAGGUAAGAUCCAGUUUGGCUAUGUAUACGGUAUCAGUGCAAUCGGCUGCCUCGGCAUGUACUGCCUACUCAACCUUAUGAGUAUGACGGGCGUCUCCUUCGGCUGUGUGGCAAGCGUGUUGGGAUACUGCCUCCUCCCCAUGAUCCUCCUCUCCAGCUUCGGAGUCCUCUUCUCUUUACAGGGCAUGAUGGGAAUUAUAUUAACAGCAGCAAUCAUUGGCUGGUGCAGCUUCUCAGCUUCAAAGAUCUUCAUCUCGGCGUUAGCCAUGGAUGGGCAACAGCUGUUGGUUGCUUACCCCUGUGCUCUCCUAUAUGGGGUCUUUGCACUCAUCUCUGUCUUCUAAAAAAAUAAUUGAGUUUAAUAUAACUCCAGUUUCUGUAAUAUCAGUCUAAUUAGCAUCAGUGUAAUUAGUGUAAUUAUUGGCUAAUUACACUGUUAUUACAGAAAAAUAGGAGCUGCUGUCUAAAAUGGCACCAAGGUUUUUUUUUUUUUUUUCUUUUAUGAGCCUCCAUCUCUCACUAUACUCCAACUUGCAGGCUGGAGUGUAUCAUCUCACUCAUGUCUGCUCUCCACCUUGCUCCCUUCAUGCAUCUUAAAGGAGAGGGCUGUAAAAUAAACCUGGUGAAAAAUAACUCCUGUGGACCGCGUUGGGCCUUAAACGUCCUAGUACAGUCCUAUGAUUUUAAGGACAUGAAGGGGAAGGAAGUGGAUGAGGAAGUAGUUCACAUGACAGAAACCUGAGGAGACUGUUUAAUUUGGACACAGAUGGGAAAAGGUUCUCACUUUCCAAGAUGGACCGAUAAUAACCAACCCUCAGCAAAGACCUGCAGGUUAAUUUGGAGCCAGUGGAAAUGCUGCGUAUCUCGAUUUUUUGCGAAAUGCUGCGUUGAGCCAUUUCUGGCAAACAUCCAUAGAUUCUACAACUGCAAGACUAAGGGAAACACCUACUUUCAUUCUACGCAAGACUACAGCAGCCCAUUCUACUUCUCUACCCAGAAAGGGCAGAGCAAAAAAAAAGGUGGUGUCUCUGCCUCAAUAUCUUAUUUUCUUCGGGACUUGAGGAGCCAUGAAUCAUAUUGUCUGCUCAUUAUAGCAGUGAUCUGAUCUUCGAUGUAAAAUCAGCAGCUCUGCUAUAUCUUCUCAUGUAUUGUUUUAUUAUACUCUCUUGAGAUUUAUUUGCAUUUUGAUGCCUUUCAAAAAGACAAAAAUACAGAUUGCACACAAACCUUGUUCUGAUUUUCAAAACCAAACAAAUUUGAUUAGUCAUUGAAAAUUAAUAGUUUGAGAGAUACUGUAUGCGUCUAGGUACAGACAUAUAGGGUGUUGCUAUAGUUUGCAUCCCUUACAUUUCUUAAAUCUUUAUUUUAGAGUCGACUCACUUUGUAUGCUUUGAUGUGUCAUCUGUUGUUCAUGUCUUAUACACAUUAAAGUUGUCUUUGAAGGUU